AUGAGUGAAAAUAUCACAUUUGUUUCUCCAAGGCUUUUCUUAUCAAGAAACUAUGAUUGGAAAAGUUCAGUAUGGAAGCCAGGCUUCAUUCCUUUAUUGACAUCAGAUGUGAACAAAUUACAACAUAAUUUAGAAUUAGUAUUGCAGCGUAAGAGAAAACAAUUAGAUGCUCAAGAAGAAUUAAAAUUACGAUUACAACUCACUGAAGAAAUUAGCAUAGGUGCAAAUAUUGAGAAUAUAAAAGGUAAGGUAUUUGAGAAACCAGUAGAACAUGAUCUAGAUAGAUACCAGCCCCUAAAGCAAUUCUUACCAAUAUCUGUUCAACAACAAAUUUAUACAGUUUGUGUAAAAAAUGUACCAAAUAGAUUUGAUAACAAUAAAAUUGAAAAAUUAUUGGAUUUGAUUUCUAAAACUGCAGCAGAUAUAAUAAAUGAAGUAUAUCAGACAUCUCUUGAAUCUAAAGGUAUCAUAGAAUGUUGGACAACUGUUUCAUCAUCAAACUUAGAAUUUCAAAAUGUUAUGCUCAGAUUUAAACUUCAAGACAUACACUCCAACUUCUGUGCCAUCUGUAUUAUCUUACAAAACUUCCUAAAGUUAUUUGAGAAAAGUAAGAUACUAAAUUUAGAAUUGCAUUAUGGUGCUAAUACUACAGCAUUCAUCAAAGACCAUUCUAUUGCCUUGGAAUCAAGCGUAGAACUUGCUAAAAGAGAUGAACUUUUUAAAACAAAGGCUAAUGAAUUUAGAAGUUCUUUUGAAAACCUUCUAGCUAGUCCGUCCAGCAAAUUGGAUAAGUUAAAUGAUCAUUCCUCAUUUGAAUACCAUAUUGAUAUGAAUACGUUAAGUGAUCUUCCUCCAGACUCAUUAGAGCAAUUAUCUAAAGAUAUAGUUGAUUUUAGAACUCGUGUUUUUACCCUUGAAAAAGAAAAAAGAAGUAAAGAAGUUCUUGAGGAGAGCAGACGUAGAAGGCAACAUGUAACUAGCGUAUUGGAUCAAAUAAAGAAGACAAGGGAAACAGAAACAAAUGAAUUUGUCACAUCCCAUAAUGAUUAUAGUGAUUCAGAUAGUGAAGAUGGUAAUGAUAAUGGUCUUGUAGAUACUCCAGAAAACGAUUUAGCUAUUUGGAAUCAUAAUUUACAAAUGAAAAAAGAAGAAUCAGACAGAAGAUAUGAAGACUUAUUGAAAUUAUUACGAAACAAAAUUGUACCAGAUUUACAGUAUUAUCAAACUGAGAUCGAUAAAGCUAGAGAUUACGAAAAAGCACUCGAACAAAACAGGGAUUUAAAUUUAAAAGAUCUAUUAUAUUCAUCCACAGAUAUAUAUUAUAAUUAUCAUAGGGACUUUAAGGAAACGGAAAUUGAACAAGAUCGCAUUGAUAGAGAACUAUACAAGGGUCGUUAUCCAGAAAACAAAUUAAACGAUAACCAAUUAUCAGAUGAAGAUAUUGACAAUCACAAUAAGAAUACAAAAGAAGGAGAAAUUACAAAUGAGAACUUUAAAAUUAAACUUACUUUUGGUAAAGAAAAACAACAUCAGAAGAAAGCAGUAGAAUCUAAGCCUACAGAAGAAGACAAACUUGGAUCUUCAAAGGAAACUGAAACUCUUAUUGAACCAGAAUCAACUAAUAACGCUAACAACAAUAUGCUAUUCAUUAAUACAAAUAAUAUAUUGCCAUUUGAUGAAGAUGAUUUGGACGAACGUUUACAAAAAUUAAGAAAAUCUAAUAUUGUUGACGAGCUUGUUAAAGAAUAUCUAGGCGUAUAUGAAUCCGAAUUAGUUGACUAUAUUAUCGAUAAUAUUAAAGAGAAUAAAGACAAAAAUAUCCUGUUAGAUGAAUUAAAACAAACAUUUGAUGAAGAUGCGGUUAUCAUUGUAGAUAAAAUAUGGAACAGAAAAGAAUUUGAAUGA